ACCAAACUGGUCACUGUUUGUAAUGUAAAGACAAAAACAAAAACGCAUGUUGUACCAGCAGCAAAAAAUUGCUUAAUUUUGAAAAUGCAGGUGUCAGAUUUGGGUUCUCCAGUUAGCCCUCAAAACCUGCUUGCGGAGCAUCGACAAAGUUCGCCUGAAAUUGACAGACUCAUCCAGAAAGCAGGUGAGUUUAAUAUUCAGCUAAUGUCUUUGCGCUGUGUUUGGGGUCUACCCUUUAUUUUCAAUGUUACAGGUCUUUAAACUUAAAUCAAAAUAUCUUUAGAGAAAGGGUUGAAUCAAAGUUACAGUUAUUGUUUCUCAAGGAAAUAGAAGCGGUAAAACUACAUUGAGACCUUAUCUUUCGUUGUUAACAUCUUGUUGAAAUGACAACAAAACUACCUUUAGCAGUUAAAACAGAUUCUUUCAAGCUUUACUAGUCAGCAACAACCUUCUUUGUUUAAUUCACCUCACAACAGAAUUUGAAAAUUUGGAGCAAGUGAAACUAAUCGAAACAGAAAGACAACGAUAUGCAGGUAAGUCUGAGUAAAAAGACCAUUUAAACUUAUCAAAACUCCAGUGAAAAAAGAACAACGUUCGUUUGUCGAUAGUUGUUGGAAAAAUAUAAGCUUAAUUAAUGAGUUUGUAGCAAUUUCUUUGAAAAGUACUACCUAGCAAUGAAACAAAUGGAGAUAUCAUGCAAGAAUAGUGUAUAGGCAUUAAGCAAUCGAGAUGAGGUACAAAGCUAUUUUAAUGGACAAUAUUUUGACUAGUAGAACUUAUAAUUAGCUGUCCCUUGAAGAAGACUCUUUUUACUAGUCAGUAAAAAUAUUGGCCCUUCAACUGAAAAAAACCUUGCCCGUUUUGCACUGUCCCUGCAUAUUAAUUUCUUUUUUACUCAAAGUGCAAAACAGGCACUUUGACAGGUACACGGGUAAACAGGUACACGGGUGCAGCGUUAUCAAGCGGUCUUCUUGCGGACCGUCACUCUAUAAAAGCAGAUAAAAGUAACGAAAGCCAUUUUGUCUUGGGAUAGUGUGAUAGUUUUUUUUUUCUGUACUGAAAAACUGUUGACGUCAUUUUGAUUGUCAAAAACAUAAAGCUCUCUUGAGACAAGUGGAAGAAAAAACACGCCAAGUUGAGGAGUUAGAGAAGUCCACGACUCAGCUUGACGAGGAAGCCAAACAAUUACACAAACAGUUCACUCAGAACAGGGAGAUAUGCGAAAGGUAAGCAUUUUUUUUAUUAUUUUACGUAUGCCUACUGAAUUUCGCGACUGAGGUGGUCUUGCGAUGAGCUCACUCAAGGUUAUCUCUGUCAAAGUCAGAACUGGUUUUGUAGUCAGUCGAAAAAAAAACGACACUUUCUAUUCACUCGCCUGCCUUUUCCACCCGUCUUCGCAGCACGUGUAACGAAAAUGGUUUGUCAGAAUGAUUUUAUAAUUCUUUUGAUCUACAGCUUGAAACGAACAAACAGUGUUCUUCAAGAGCACGAAGAAGCUUUAAAGAAGAAAAAAGAAAUGGUCCUAAAUAAGACGCAACUAACCAGGCAAGACUAUUAAUUUAAAGGCCAUUUAAAUGUCGCGCACUGAAAAUUAUUGCUUCCAUUGGUAUAGCUGUACAUUUAAGCAAUCAGAGAUACCAUCAAUGAUGCGACGUCUCAAGUUUUGAUAGAAUGAAUUUCCUUUAAAAAAAAUCUACACCUACUUAAGGUGAUACACGGGACGAUUCGCAACGACGAUUUUUAGCGCAACACAGGGUAACAGUGUUGGGACAAUGUUGCAACCAUUCGAAACAAUGUCGCAACAAUGUUGUGAUGCUAUGUUACGCUAAAAAUCGUCGUUGCGAAUCGUUCCCUGUAACAUCAUAGACUGCUUGCAGUCCGCCUUUUCUCUUAAAAUCCGUUUAGUUCUUAUCUCAUCCAGCGCGAUUGCAAACCACGACGUUAUUUUUACCCCGCAGUAACUUUGCAAAGAAAAAUAAGACGCUGCUCGCAGUCUAAUAACAUCACCUUUAAACAAAUAAUUGGCACAUGUUGGUUUCUUGUUAAGCCUGCGUACAAGCUCUCCAUAUGGGGAUAUUGCGAAAAGUAAACGCGCGAGGGGCGCGCGGCUCACUUCGCUCGCCAAAAUGAGAGAGCUGGCUCGCAGGCUAUUUCUUGUUUAGCAAACCCUACUAAGGAAUCUAAGCAAAGUGCCAACUCUGAAUGGAUGAUUAUUUUACUGAAACUGUCCAAGAAGAGAGUUAUGAACAUUUGAGGUGAUUUCUCACCAAAAACGUUACACCAUUAAUUAAUAAUUUAAGGUUGGAAAACAAUGCUGUCCUGGAGAAGUAUCAGGCCAUUUGGGAGACAUACAAAACUAAGUAUGAAAGUAAUGAAAAUGCAAAGGAGCUUGCUAAGAUAAAGAGGGAUACAAUGCAAGAAAAGGAACAAUGUGAGUUGCUGUUUAACUUCAAGUAUCUAUAGUAGCGUUAAUACUUGAUGGCAACAUAAUGAUCUUUUUACUUACAUAGACUGCAUACUAUGGAGGCUAAACUCUUAGUAAUUGCAAAUAAGGGGAGUGUGUGUUUGAUGAGGAUAGGCAAUAAGUACAAGGGUUGGGGGGGGGGGGGGGGGGGGUAGGUAGUGAGAGGGGACCUAAAACGUGGUGUGCUUAUAUGACUGAAUCAAUUAUAGCAAUGAAAAAUUAAUGCUCUCUUAAUGGUUAAACCAGUGAAAGUAUUUGUAAGUAAUCACCCUUAAAUUGUCUCAAACACUCAAGAAAAAGAAAGAAAUAUUUGUGUUGUGUUUUAAAAAUUAGUAUUAAAAUGAAUAUUUAUUAUUUAAAGUAAAAAAAAAAUUUUUUUUAAAAAAAAGAGAGGAGAAUAGGGGGGAAAAAGAUUUAGUAAAAAAAAAAAGGGGGGGGGGGUGGGGGGGGGGGAGAAAAGAAAGAGAGGGGGGGGGGGGGGGGGGGGGGGGGGUGGGUAGGUAGUGAGAGGGGACCUAAAACGUGAUGUGCUUAUAUGACUGAAUACAUUAUAGCAAUGAAAAAUUAAUGCUCUCUUAAUGGUUAAACCAGUGAAAGUAUUUGUCAGUAAUCACCCUUAAAUUGUCUCAAACACUCCUUUUAAUAAAUUCCCAAGUUGUCAUAUUUUUUCCCCCAUCAAAUGGCCAAGAAAUGUGGCUUCAAGCAGUCCCUCAUUUCGCUCAGGGGUAGUAGGGCGAGCAGAGUAUGAAGGCAUGCGUGGAAAUUGAGGGUCACCUUUCUCGAGUUGAGCAAGCUCUACUAUACCUGAGGUCCAUUAUGGCUACUCGAAGUCUUUGUUUCUAUACAAAGGGGUAUUUCCUUGUUGUCACAAAGUAAAGCACUUUUAAGAGGAUAUGGAACCCACCACAGUUAAAACCAUUCUUAAUUUUUUUUAUUCACGUUUUACAUGUCUGAUAUCCCCUUCUAGUGGAGGAGAUAAGAUCCACAGUUCAACAACUGGAGACUGGCAUUUCAAGUAUGGAAACAGAAAAGAAAAAGAUUCAAGGUAGAAUAUGAUAUGGGUCACUUUCUACCACCUAGUGUUAAUGCAAAUCCGAACAAAGUAAUAUGAAUUGGUCGUGUUUCAAGUAUUUGAACCACAUGCUUUACAUGUACUAAUGAGAGUGAAUCUGGAGAUCAGCAUAAAAGGCUAUGAGUUUCAGAUAGAUGCUGUCAGCCCACUCUUAAGCCAAGGCAAGCAUUCCUGCCCUUGAGGCCUCCAUUCCUCAGCACAAAUGAACUAGACACUAAUAUACAUAUUGCAACAUACACUGGGUGAAGUCACAGGCCAUGUUUUCUUACAUUUGCAGUGGUUCUCUACCACUCCUACAGCCAUGGGAAAAUCUUAGAAGCACUGGAAAGUGAAGUAAAAGACAUCUUCCUUCCUUAAGGGGAGACUCUUCACUCUGUUUAAACUGGACUGGGUUCACCUCUAGAUCUUUUUCUUUUGUACUUUAAUGAAAAAAAAAAGUUGAAAACUAUUAAUUUCUUUUCAUUUCAGAAACAAUUAAAAAUGGACUCAGAUCAGCUAUCCCAGUGAUCAUCAAACUGUAUCCACUGCAAAAGGGGUUUCCAAAGGAUAAUAUGAAAAAUAAAAUACAAAAUGCCAUGAUACUUUGGGGGAGAUGCAGUAUUAAUACUUGACGUCAACAGUUUUUUUCCCAAAUGUUUUGUUGAUGGAGAACACCUCAUUAUGAAAUAAUGCCUAAAGCAGAAGACAAUAAAUUUGUUCAUUUUUCUUCUCCAUAAGCUACUUCUUUAAAGCCUUUCAUAGUGUCAUUGUUUACCAUACAAGACAUUUCACCCAGGUUAUAUUCUUUAACAACAAGAAGAGCCCAGCUAAACCUUGAAACAAGAAAAACUGUUGACAAUAUACAAGAAGUCAACACCAAGGUAAAACACUCACGAGAAGAACAAACCAGGAUGGGAAGGCACCAAAAUAAGUCACAAGAGGAAGGUACUAAUACGUAACAGAGUUUUCUCAAUUUUAUGAGCAGGAGGUAAAGAAAAAAGUAGGUAUGAGGAAAAUACCUUAGCUGAAACUUAAAUUGUUAGCCUGAAAUUCAUCCGAUUGCUUCGAGUCGUUUUCUCCUCAAUUAAAGCAAAGGUCAAGGAGUAGUGAUGUCACUGGACGGCAUUAAUGGCUGGUUGAUUCAGACGUUACUAAGGGAGUAAUAACGACUCGAAGUAAUCGGAUGAAAUUCAGGCUAUUAAAUUGUAAGACUCAAGAUAUUUACAAAAGAACACUUUUAGUGACAAUGUGGUGUUAUAAUAAUUUAUUAAUUAAUAACCAAAACUAUGAAACAUGUAAGUAAGUAAGAUAGAGGAGACAGUUCAAUUUUCUCUUAAAAGUUCCAUAAACAAUUUGAUGACACUUUUUUCCCUGAUAAUCUUUCAUAAUCACCAAAUACAGUAAGAAAGCCUAUGAAAGCCAAAAUGAAAAUAAUGCAAUUAAUUUUAAUGAAACUAUUUCUUACAAAUUAGUCCCUAUAAUAGAAACACCUGAAACAUCUACUGGCAUCCCAGUGGGGACAUCUUUUCAGCUAGAAGGACACUCAUCUUCUAACACUAAGCAACCACAGUCAGAUAAAAAUAUGGAUGCAGAACAGUCUACAGAAGAAGACAUUGCUAUACAACAGCAACAACAAGAAAUACUUGUAUCUGAAAGACCUGUCUCCCAGAUGCAACAAUUGCCUAUGCUGAUCUCAAGUCAGCAGUCUAGCAAAACUAUAACAGAGGACCAAGUUGUUCAGACAUCAAGAAUAGCUCACAGUGAAUGCCACCCACAACAACUUCAAAUCUCACACAAUCAACCAUGUAAGUCAAAGACUACUGCAGUUGUAAGUACAUUAUUAAGGUAUUUUUAAUGCAACCUCAGUUCAAAAUGUAUUUCAUACUCCAUAUAUUUAAAUUUAUAUGUUUACAUUGUUGAGAAAACAAAACCACAAACAGCUAUGAAAAUUAGUUUGUGACUUUGAGGUUUACUGGUACUUAAGAUCACGUUAAUAUACAAAGAACUUUAGCCACAACAUGGAACUGCACAUAUCACAACUUAGAAAUAAACUGCAUGUAAUAAAUUAUCUUCCAUAAAGUAGAUGUGUCUGGACAUCUCAUCGGAAAAGACCUCCUGUGGUUCUUUUCUCAUAAGCAAUCACGCGCUACCUCAUAUAAGCGACCACUAGUCUUCAUAUUUUGAGUGGUUGCUUAUAGGAGGUUCAACUUUAAAACAUGAAGGUGUUACUAUUUGAUAAACUUGUCUGUUACAUUAAAUCUCACAGCUUGUAGUCCACAGAAUAUGGAUGAAGAAACAACCUUCCCUUGCACACCCACAACAGCACAUCAACAAAACUCUGGUUUUGUCCCAACUUCAGAGGCAACUAACAGCCCAUUCAAUUUUGAGAUACACUCAAAUUUCAUCCAGCAGCUCAGAAAGUCUCCAGGAGAUGGUUUUCUUUUUCAGAGCAGGCCAAUGUUUGAUAAUUCUGUGGAAGGAGACAAGGAGCAGGUCAGUUGAUAAGCACUUGUUUACAUUAAUCUCUCUUUUCUAUAAUAGCCUAGCCCGCGAGCAAACCCUUCUGCCCCCAGAGAGCUGGCUCACAGGCUAUUACCAUCAAUGACUUAUCAUGCGUUUUAAUCAAUGCUAACAGAAAAAGAAAAGCUAAUGCAGGGUGUUCAUUGGGCAUCGGAGAUCACAGAACUCUCUGUUUACUACACAACUAGACAUAAUUCUCCGGCUAAUGUUUGGUAGCCUAUGACUACUUUUUACUCAGACAUGGAGCUUUUUUCAAGAUAUUCUCCUAGCUGGAAACAUGACACCUUUCUCCUGCUACUAGGUUUUUUAAUAAAAACCCUGUGAUGUUUGCAUAACUGUCCAUUGAAAUAUAAGCCUCUACACUAAAAGAAUGUGUAUGCUCGAUAUUACAAAGCUGAUACAUUUGCAGAAAGGAAAAUAAUAGUCUUUAGAGCAAACUUCUUUUAAUGCAGCUUUAAUUCUGAACAUUGACCACAUCGGGAAAUUCUGCUGAAACAAAAUGUUAUGCUCAUGUUAUCUUUGAAAUACUGCAGGCUAACAGAGAGAAUACAAAUUUCUUAUUCAAUCUGCAAGAAGUGGAAAAUUUUCCAACAGGUUAGUAAAGCAUUUCACCAAGUAAAAAAGUGAAAAAGAACUAUCUCUCCGUUGUAUAAUUCUUGUGUGUGUACUGUAGUACAAGAAGCCUUAAUAUGAAGCCAGUGUAUAAAAUAUAAGUCACUGUAGCCAUGAGGUAGUUUAUCAAAGGCUUUGGUCAACCAACUUUUAUGCACUUUAAUCAGUUGAGAAGAAAAUAAAUUUUCCAAAGAGCUUUCGAAAGAAGAGGUGUUAAAAAAACACCAAUUCAAUCAUUUGGGAUUUUACAGAGUGAAGUAUAGCAGUGAAGAUUUGCCAAUAUGAACUUGAGCUCAAACUGGUGAGAGUUCUGGGCCUUAUUUGAGGGUCCUGCUGUGUCUUAUUUGCUACAAGCUUUUCCAAAAGAUUGAGUUCAAAUUCCUGUUCACUAAAAAGUUGAAAAUUAUUUUGACUUUACUUGGUCCCUGUUAAAUAUGUGAUACCAAUUAUAGAAUAUGACUGAAGUAGGCAAUUACUGACAGAUCACAUAGUUAAGAUAUCUAAUAGCUGGACUCAACUAAUAGGUGCUUAUUGGUCUUUAUUUUGACUUAAGUCCUGCUAAAUAUUUCUCAUAUAAUAUGAAAACUAAUACCCUUAUUGAAACUUAUGUAAUAAUAAACUGCCUGGGUUAAAGUACUAACAUUAUUGUGUAAUUAACUAUCUCAAUGGUAUUUUCAGAUAAAUUAACUUAUAGUUGUGUACAUGGUGCAGUCUGAGCAGAAUGCAUAUGUAAUGACAAUGUUUCUUCUUUCAGAAUAUUGGUUAUACAUAUGUCACAAAUGCUUAGUAGAUAACUCCGUACAGAAUCAUUUCAGGAAUUUAGUGCACUUGAUUUUUUCCAUCAGAUUUAAAUCUACUAUUUUAGCACUCCCAAGGAAAGCAAUGUUUAAAGUGAACAUUUUAGACCUUGAACUUUUCACGGUAGUUUGCAGCAACUAACUAAUAGUAGACACACGGCUUUGUAUCAACAAGUUUUUUUAAAUCUAGUGUAUAAAAAUCGCCCCAAAUAUUUGUUUGUGAAAUCUGUAAUGCAGGAAAUUUUUGCUUGUGGAAUUCAGAAUCUACUUGGCUUUUGUACAUUAUGCUUUUGUUUCCCCACUAAAAUGCUCCAUCUUAAUGUUCCAUUUUUCCCAUUAAAAUGCUUGUUAGUCCCCAAAAAAGUCACUGAAAAUAUGCUCAAUAAUACUCAUCACAGAAAAAAUGCUAGCACAAUGUACAAAGGCCUACCAGAAUCCUGGGAUUUGGAACCUGUAAUCCAACUAAAGGAAUCCCAAAUCCUGCUUUCAGUUGGAGUGACUGGAGUCUUGUAAGUUCCACUGACAAAAAAUCUGGAAUCCACAGCGCAGAAUCCAAAAUCCAAGUCUGUCGAAUCAUUAUACGUUUUUGGGAAACUGCCCACAUACCCCUCCCCUAUUAAAGCUGUCAUUAACAAUUGCUUUUCACUUAGGGCAAAAUGUUUCUUAAGGGAGGGGUAUUUGGGCAGUUUCCCAGAAACGUAUAAUGAUCCAGACUGUCUUGGAUAACCUUACAUGGGGCGAUAAGAACACUAAAAAGCAUUGUUAAGCCUGGUUCUCACAUGCCGCCGAUGCACCCGUGACAUGGCUGCCAGUACUGCCUAGGAUACUGUUCUGAUAUGAGAACAGAACUGGCUGGCAACAUUGGUCAUCCCAGUCUUAACUGCGGCAUGCCUGUGAAGUUGACUUGAGUUCAACUUCGAAGGUAUGUCAGUGGUAAAGCUCUGCGAUGGCUCUUAUUACCGGCGGUGCAUGUUCUCAUUCAUCCAAGAAGUAGCCCAGGCAGUACCGGCAGCUACGUCACAGAUACAUUGGUGGUAUAUGAGAACAAGGCUUUACACAGUAAAUCACACUUAAGUACUUAUCUCCAAACAGGGUCUGGAGCUGAUCAAUUCCCUGUGUCAAGACAGAAUUCAAACCUGUUUGGGUCACCAGUGUCUGGAGAGAGCAGAGCAGGUGAUGGGUUGUUUGGGACAAACCCAUCAACUUUCAACGGAUGUUCCAUCUUUGGAGAUCCUAGUCCUAUUCAGUCUAAUCAACAACAAGCAGUCACUGGGCCCACUGAAUUUAGUUUCUCCUUUGGAGCUAAAUCCCCUGAUGAUGAGAACAGUACUUUAAACAGACCAGCUGCAUUUAGCUUAUUCUAG